AUGGAAAGGUAUGUUUGUUGCUUAGCGUUUCAUGAUGUUAGCACUGAGAGCGAAAAGGUAGCAACGACAAAUCCUGCCCCUGCGGCUGAAACUCCUGCUGAAGCCCCGAAGGAGCUUUCAAAGAGUCAGUUGAAGAAGUUGGCUAAGCAGAAGAACGCAAAACCAAAGAUGAGCAAAGAAGAGAAAAUGAAGGCUUGGGGAUUAAAGAACGGCGCUGCGCAGGGAGGCGAGAAGAAGGCGGCCAAGACUGAAAAGAAAGCGAAGGCCCCCGAGCCAGUGUUUGUAAACAAAACCCCGAAGGGCCAGAAGAAGGACCUGUCCGAGCCCAUGGCUGCGACUUACGCUCCGAACGCCGUUGAGGCCGCUUGGGAAGAGUGGUGGGAGGCCUCUGGGUUCUGCAAGGCCAGCGUGGAGCGCGCCAAGCAGCUUCCUCCCGAGAAGAAGUUCGUGAUGGUGAUUCCACCUCCCAACGUGACGGGUUCUCUGCAUCUCGGUCAUGCCCUGACGAACUCUAUUGAGGACGCCAUUGUUCGCUGGAAGCGAAUGAGUGGCUGCGAGACGCUGUGGGUGCCUGGCGUGGACCACGCCGGAAUCGCCACGCAGGUGGUCGUGGAGAAGCAGCUGAUGAAGGACGAGGGCAAGACCCGCCACGAUCUGGGCCGUGAAGCGUUCGUGGAGAAGGUGUGGGAGUGGAAGCGGAACUACGCGAACAGCAUCACGCACCAGCUGCGUCGUCUGGGCACGUCGGUGGACUGGAGCCGCGAGGCGUUCACGAUGGACCCCAACCUCACGGCUGCCGUGAAGGAGGCCUUCGUGCGCCUCUUCGAGAAGGGCAAGAUCUAUCGAAGCCGCCGUCUGGUGAACUGGUGCUGCCAGCUGCGCACGGCGCUGUCGGAUAUCGAGGUGGAGUACAUCGAUCUGGAGGGACGGACUCUGCGCAAAGUGCCCGGCCAUGGCGACAAGCUCUAUGAGUUCGGCUGCAUCACGAAGUUCGCGUACCCCGUGGAGAACUCGGACGAGAAGAUCGUGGUGGCGACGACGCGUCUGGAGACGAUGCUGGGCGAUACGGCCGUGGCGGUGCACCCCGACGAUCCGCGCUACAAGCACCUGCACGGAAAGUACGUGAUCCACCCGAUCAAUGGGCGACGCAUCCCGAUCAUCACGGACCCCAUUUUGGUGGACAUGAACUUCGGAACGGGAGCGGUGAAGAUCACGCCUGCGCACGAUCCCAACGAUUUCGAGUGCGGAAACCGCCAUCACUUGGAGUUCAUCAACGUGAUCAGCGAUGACGGCCGCAUCAACGAGAACGGCGCGCCGUACACCGGCAUGAUGCGCUUCGACGUCCGCGUGAAGCUCGAGGAGGACCUCGCCAAGAUGGGUCUGCUCAUCGGGAAGGAGGACAACAAGAUGCAGAUCCCCGUCUGCACGCGCACCGGCGACAUCGUCGAGCCGCUGCUCAAGCCGCAGUGGUACGUGGACUGCAAGGAGGCCGCGCAGCGCGCCGUGGAGGCCGUGCGCAAGGGCGAGCUGUCGAUCCUGCCCAAGGAGCACGAGAACACGUGGUACCGCUGGCUGGAGAACAUCCACGACUGGUGCAUCAGCCGCCAGCUCUGGUGGGGCCAUCGCAUCCCCGCGUACAAGGUGCUGGUGAAGCAGGGCGACGCGGUGAAGGACGACGACGUGUGGGUCGCAGCGCAUGACGAGGCGGAGGCCAUCGCGAAGGGCGCGGCGAAGCUGGGCGUGAAGCCGGAGGAGGUGACGGUGGAGCAGGAUCCCGAUGUGCUGGACACGUGGUUCUCGUCGGGCCUGUUCCCGUUCUCCGUGUUCGGCUGGCCGCGCCAGACGGAGGAUCUGGAGGCGUUCUUCCCGACCACGCUGCUGGAGACGGGCCACGACAUUCUGUUCUUCUGGGUGGCGCGCAUGGUGAUGAUGUCGCUGGAGCUGACGGACAAGCUGCCCUUCCGCCAGGUGUAUCUGCACGCGAUGAUCCGCGACAAGUACGGCCGCAAGAUGUCCAAGUCGCUGGGCAACGUGAUCGACCCGCUCGAGAUCAUCAACGGCUGCGACCUGGAGUCCAUGCUCGAGAAGAUCCGCCACGGCAAUCUCGACCCCGCCGAGGUCGAGCGUGCCUCGCAGGGCAAGCGCCAGGACUUCCCGGAGGGCAUCCCCAUGUGCGGAACGGACGCUCUGCGCUUCGGCCUGCUGGCCUACACCAUCCAGGGCAUGAACAUCAACCUGGACAUCCAGCGCGUGAUCGGCUAUCGCAACUUCUGCAACAAGCUCUGGAACGCCGUGAAGUUCGGCCUGAUGAAUCUGGAGGGCUUCACCGCCACCGAGGAGGACGUCGCCAGCCUGGACGUCGCCCAGCUCGCGCCGCGCGACCAGUGGAUCCUCAGCAAGCUCUCGCAGACCGCCGCGGCGUGCAACAAGUGCUUCGAGGAGUACGAGUUCGCCGGCGUGACCACGCAGGUGUACAACUUCUGGCUGUACAUGCUCUGCGAUCGCUACCUGGAGAUGAUCAAGCCGGUCAUCAACGGCACCGACGCCGAGGCCAAGAAGAAGGCCCAGCUCACGCUGUACAUCUGUCUCGAGCAGGGUCUGCGUCUGCUCCACCCGCUGAUGCCCUUCAUCACCGAGGAGCUCUGGCAGCGCGUGACCGCUCGCCCCGGCUUCCACUACCCCGAGUCGAUCAUGCUGUGCACGUACCCCGUCGAGAACGCCGCCUGGACCAACCCCACGCUGGAGGCGGAGAUGGAGCUGCUGGACAGCCUGGUGCACGAGGCUCGCUCGUUGAAGAGCGACUACAACCUCACGCGGAAGAACAACCCCACGUUCUAUCUCGCCGCGGCCGAUGAGGAGACCUUCGCGGUGCUGUCGCGCCUGGCGAGCGAUUUCAAGACGCUGACGCAGGCAGGCGAAGUGCUGGUGUCGCAGGAGGCGUCGUUCCCGCACAGCUGCGCGGUGAAGCACGUGAACCCGAAGGUGACGGUGCUGGUGAACCUGCAGGGACUCGUGGACUUCGCGCAGGAGCUGAAGAAGCUGGAGACGCAGCUGCGGGAUAUCCGGGGUCGCAAGGAGAAGCUGGAGGGCAAGAUGAACGUGGAGGCGUACGUGAAGGUGCCCGAGGAGAUCAAGGCGCGGGACGCCAAGAAGCUGAACGAACUGCGGGAUGAGAUGGAGAAGGUGGAGGCGUCGAUUCGCCGCUUUGAGGAGCUGGCUCAGAAGGAUUUGUGUGUUUGUUACAAACAGGAGAAAGAAGAAGAGAAGGGUAUGUAG